AGUGCAGGGUUUCCUCUCAUCCAUAGCCUCAGUACACCGGACUGUCAUCCAUCAGCUGCUCUCUGCCGUGGUCCAGUUCCGUUUCCAUCUAGUUUUACAGUUGGCGGAUGUAGCAUGGACACGAUUUAAGACGCAGACUAGCCUACUAGCGAUCAGUCAGCAGUUUCACUUGCUAAAAAGAACACAUUCUCUUAAAGCUCGUCAGGCUAAAGUCAGGAGAAUGAUGGAGUAUUGGAGGCAGUGCUCGCUGUGGUUAAUAAACUGCAAGGUGCUUCCAGCUAACCACCGGGUUACAUGGGAAUCUGCACAGGUAUUUGAUUUGGCUCAAACUCUCCGGGAUGGGGUCCUCCUCUGCCACCUGCUCAACAACCUGAGACCCCAGUCCAUCAACUUAAAGGAAAUCAAUCUCCGGCCGCAAAUGUCACAGUUCCUGUGCCUGAAGAACAUCAGGACUUUCCUGGCCGCGUGCAGCGAGAUAUUCGGCAUGAAGAAAAGUGAGCUGUUCGAGGCCUUUGACCUUUUCGACGUCAGGGACUUUGGAAAGGUUAUGGACACACUCUCGAAACUUUCCCACACAGUGUUUGCACAGCAAACUGGAGUCAGGCCCUUUCCAUCCGAGGAUAGUGUUGAACGUGACGAUAUCUACAACCACUUGGAGGACCUCAUAGAUGAGAACGGGGUGGAGGAUGAAGAGGAUCUAUAUGACUGUGUGUAUGACGAUGAAGAUGGAGGAGAGAUCUAUGAGGACCUGAUGAAGACAGAAGCUAUCCCGCCUCCGUCGUUCCAGAAGCAAGCAGAAACUGACAUCAGGAGUUGCUGUUUGACAGAGAUCAAGCAGACAGAGGAGAAAUACACUGAGACCCUGGAGUCUAUAGAGAAGCACUUUAUGAUGCCCCUCACCAUGUUUCUGUCCAUGGCUGAGAUCGAAAAGGUGUUUGUAAAUAUCCCGGACCUGGUGAAAGUUCACAAAUGUUUACUGCUGGAAAUCCAAAACUCAGUCCAGCACAGAAGUGCCCAGAACGUUUACCAGAUCUUCAUCACUUUCAAAGAGAGGUUGUUGAUUUAUGGGAAAUACUGCAGCCAUGUGGAGACAGCCAUCGCCAGUCUGGAUGACAUCUGCAAAGACAGAGAGGACAUCCGCAUGAAGCUAGAGGAGUGUUCAAAGAGAGCCAACCACGGCAAGUUCACACUGAGGGAUCUACUAGUGGUUCCUAUGCAGCGAGUCUUAAAGUAUCACCUCCUGCUGCAGGAGCUGGUGAAACACACUCAAGAUGCCACAGAGAAGAGUAAUCUGCGGACGGCAUUGGAUGCCAUGAAGGACUUGGCUCAGUACGUCAACGAAGUCAAGCGAGACAAUGAGACGUUGCGAGAAAUAGAUCAGUAUCAGAAAUCCAUCGAAAAUCUGAAUCAGCCUCUGAGUAACUACGGGAGACCCAAAGGUGACGGGGAGGUACGCGUAGCCUCGGUGGACAAACGAGCUAAACAGGACAGGCACAUCUUCCUGUUUGACGCCGCGGUGAUCGUUUGUAAGCGGCGAGGAGACAACUAUGAGAUGAAGGAAGUGAUCGACCUGCAUCUCUUUAAGAUCACCAACAACCCAACAUCGGACAAGGAGAACCGGAAGUGGUCCUACGGAUUCUACCUCACUCAUAACCAGGGCCAGAGCGGCUUUGAGUUCUUCUUCAAGACUAAAGAGCUGAAAAAGAAGUGGCUGGAUCAGUUUGGCAUGGCCAUAUCCAACAUUCGUCCUGAGAACGCCACUAACAACUCCCAUGAGUUUAAUAUGCACACUUUUGAAAGGAUCACCUCCUGCAACUCUUGCCACAUGCUACUAAGGGGCGUCUUUAAUCAGGGCUACCUGUGCUCCAAAUGUGGUUUAGGUGCCCAUAAAGAAUGCCUGGGCCGCUUUGGCAUCUGUGGAAAAACAGAUCCCGGCUCCGUCAGAACUCAGGGCAAAGAUCAAGAUCCAGGUCUGCCCAAGAUGCUGGUAAUCAGGAACUACUUUGGUGUGCCGAGCCCUGCGUCUGGUCCAGCACUGAGCAUCCAGACGGGCGACAUCAUUGAAUUAAUCUGUGCCGACCUGCACAGCCCCUGGUGGCAGGGCAAAAUCCUGACGACAAAAGAGGUUGGCUUCUUUCCAAGCGACGCUGUGAAGCCUUGCCCAUGUGUCCCGAAGCCCGUCGAUUACUCCUCUCAAGCAUGGUUUGCAGGGCCCAUGGAGAGGCUCCAGGCAGAGGCAGAACUCGUCAACCGGGUCAACAGCACCUACCUGGUCCGCCACCGCAGCAGAGAGUACACAGAGUACGCCAUCAGUAUCAAGUACAACAGCGAUGUGAAGCACAUAAAGAUCCUGACCAAGGAGGGCUGCUUUUACAUUGCAGAGAACAAGAAGUUCAGGAGCAUAUUUGAGCUGAUAGAGUACUACAAACACCACUCCUUAAGAGAAGGUUUUAGGAGUCUGGACACCACACUGAAGUAUCCUUACCAGGAACCGGAGAACGCUGCUAUGCACCGCCUCAACCGGUCGGGUGGCAACACCCCAUUGCUCUGCGGCCUCUCUUUUGUAACUCCUGCCGGCUACAGCUUUGUACCUCCUUCCUCUGCUCCCUUCUGGUCAGUGUUUACUCCAAAAGUGAUUGGUGUGGCAAUAGCGCGGUACGACUUCAGCUCGCGUGACACCCGGGAGCUCUCGCUGCAGGAGGGCGACGUGGUGAAGAUCUACACAAAGUCUGGAGCCAACGGCUGGUGGAGGGGCGAGGUCAAUGGCAGGGUGAGGAACAAUAAAACAAAGCCUCCCAUCAUCAAAUCUAAAAUCCAUUUCUGAGGGUUAUUUGCUUAGGGUUAGGGUUA